CCCCUCCUAUCAGAAAAGGUCAGAAUGGCGGCCAAACUUCAGCAGUAUUCCUGACGCUCUGGGAGUUCUCGGCUGGGCCUACAAUAUAUUACACCCGCAGAGUGAAGAUGACCCCCCUUAUCCCAAUUUUCCUGAUUACCGUGGUGUCAGGAGUGUGCUGUGACAAUCACACAUUGCAGUAUUAUAUCACAGCGGCCUCAGAAUUUGGUCAGACAGAAUUUUCGAUCGUUGGAUACAUAGAUGAUGUACAGAUUAUGCUGUAUAGGAGUGACGUUGGCCGAGAUAUUCCAGUGGUUAACUGGAUGAAGAAGGAAGAAGAAAAAUACUGGGACGAUCAGACAGUGAUUUCUAAACAAUUGGAACGUGUAUUUAAAGAUAUGUUGAAGAAAACUAUGGAACGCUUCAAUCAGACUAGAGGGAUCCACUAUUGCCAAUGGAUAUCGACAUGUAAGCUAAAAGAUGAUAACAGCACCUCGGGGACUACGUUUAUUAGAUAUGAUGGAAGAGAUUUCAUCUACCUGGAUAAAGAAAAGGAGUUCUGGAUAUACACCAUGGAUGAGGCUGAGCUCACCGCAAAAGAAUGGAACAACCCUGAGAGUCCUAAUACAAAAUGGGGACAUUUACAGAGCAGAUAUCUGGACAGUGAAUGUAUACAUGAUUUAAAAGUGUUCCUUGAACAUGGGAGAGAAGAUCUGGAGAAAAGAGUUCGUCCAGAGGUGAAGGUGUGGGGUCAUCGUCAGUCGGAUGAUGUGACCAGACUUCAUUGUCUGGUGUACGGGUUUCACCCCCGACCUGUGGAAGUGAAAUGGGUGAGGAAUGGGGAAGACCAUAUUCCUUCAGAUGAAAUGACUCAAAUUCUCCCCCAUCCUGAUGGCACCUAUCAGAUCAGAGUCAGUGUGAAAGUGCCAACAAGUAAUGGAGACACUUACUCCUGUCAUGUGGACCACAGCAGUCUGGAGGAGAUUAUGAUUGUGAAUUGGGGUGAGUGAAACAGAGAACACUAAUGCCUUGUUCACACGGUCGGACUUUUGACUGUACAAAAGUCCACUGUGAGUCCGUCAGAAGUCCAAUGGAAAGAAAGAGAACAGGUUCUCUAUCUAAGGUCCGUG